UGCAUCAUGCUUCACCAUGUCAGAUUCCCUGCUCACAGGGACCUGAACGCAUGAUAACCUUCCCUAGCGCUGUCUUUCUGGACCCAUUUAAUCCCAGGGCCGUUCUCUGCUCUGUCUCCCUUGACAGGGACUUCUGCUGUUCCCCGCACUGUCAUGGCCACGGUACAAGGACUUCCUGCCGCCCCUCGCGACUCCCAGCGUAGCAAGUCCUCCUCGUACGACGAGAAGUACGAUGAGAAGGGCGACUCUGCCUCCGUUGUCCAGUCAGUGCAUGGCGAUGUCUACGACGAUGUUCGUGAUAUUGACCUCGGCGAAGACGGUAAAGAACGACCCAUCGAGACCGAUAUCGAUGUCGCUACACGUCUUAUCUCCUUGGAGGAUGACCCCACGUUACCCAUAUUCACCUUCAGGAUGUGGUUCCUCGGCCUUGGGCUUUCUUGCUUCGGCGCUGUACUGGGUCAGAUUUUCUAUUUCCGUCCCCAGACUGUUUUCGUCAGUCAACUCUUUCUACAGAUCAUUGCCUACAUCCUCGGCCGUGUUGGCGAAGAGAUCAUCCCUGGUCCUGGAAAUCCUCACCCUUCCCUACGUAUGUCCGACAAUGCGUUCUGGCGCUUUAUGAAUCACGGUCCCUUCAACAUCAAGGAGCAUGUCGCCAUCACGAUCUUCUCCACUACAGCUGCCGAAUCAGCGCUGGCGAUCAGUAUCUUUGCUGCUGACUCGCUAUACUACAACAUCUCGCCCAACGUCGGUGUCGGGAUCUUCACGCUCAUCGGCUCCCAACUCAUUGGCUAUGGUCUCGGAGGCUUGAUGCGUUCUUUCCUCGUCUACCCUACCUACAUAGUAUUCCCGAACUUGUUGCCUACCGUCCAGCUCUUCGAUGCGCUCCACCGUGGCAAGGGCAUAUUUGCCCAGGUCAAGCGUGUCAAGUUCUUCUGGUUUAUCUUCCUUGGUAUCUUUGUCUGGGAAUGGUUCCCCGAGUACAUCGCACCAACUCUCACCGGUAUCAGCAUCUUCUGUCUUGCCGACCGUCAUUCGCCUUGGGUCACACGUAUUUUCGGUGGGGCUGCAGGUAACGAAGGUCUCGGGAUGUUCGCCAUAUCGCUCGAUUGGAACUAUGUUGGCUCUGGUGGAGGUUCGAUGGGUGCACUAUUCACCCCCAUCUCCACUCAGCUAUCGCUAUAUGUAGGUGUGGCUAUUUGCAUGAUCACGUUCUGUGCCACCUACGCCGCGAACACUUGGAAUGCCCAGAGCUUCCCUUUCCUUUCACAAGCUCUCUUUCUCGAGAAUGGCGAUCCCUACGAUCAGCUUUCUAUUCUUGACGACGAUCUACGUCUCGAUGAAGCUAAGCUUGCCACUGUCGGACUUCCUUGGUUUGCUCCGACCCAAGUGCUUUACAAGAUCGGUGCCAACCUUGCUAUCGGUGCCACCAUUACCCAUGUCAUCCUCUGGUACGGUAAGGAGAUUAUUGAGAUUAUCAAGAAAGAACGUCGUGGGGAAAGUGUAGAUCCCCAUCGUGAGCUCAUGAAGGCCUACCCUGAAGUCCCGAUGUGGUGGUAUGGUGCCGUCUUCUUGGGCAGCUUCGCGAUGGCUAUGGCGACCGUCUACACCUCUGGUUCGCAACUUCCAUGGUGGGGUCUUAUCGUUGCUCUUAUCAUUUCCGCCAUCUUCCUGCCCUUCGUCGUCACUGUGUAUGCUAUUACCGGUUUUACCCCCGACAUUCAGAGUUUGGUUCAGAUGCUUGGUGCUUGUAUGAUUCCUGGUAGCCCUCAGGCCAACAUGUAUUUCACACUCUACGGCUACAAUACUCUCCAACAAGCUCGCGGUAUUAUCCGUGAUCUUAAGAUGGGCCAAUAUACAAAGCUUCCCCCCCGCGUGACCUUUACUGUACAAGCAGUCGGGGCCGUUGUUGGUGGACUCCUUAAUUACAUUAUCAUGAAGGUCAUCAUCUCCGCUCAGCACGAUAUUCUCUUGGACAUUCAGGGUUCCAAUGUUUGGAGUGGUCAACAAGUUCAGAGCUUCAACAGUGACGCAAUCACCUGGGGUGCUCUUGGCAACCAUCUUUAUGCUCCUGGUGGUCGAUAUGGCAUCGUCCCCUUCGCGAUCCUCAUUGGCCUUGCUGUUCCAGUUCCAUUCUGGCUUAUCCAUAAGAAGUUCCCCACCAUUCAUGCGGACAAAGUUGUCACUCCCAUCCUGUGCUGGACUCUCGGUUAUCUGAGUGUUGGUAUCAACUCUUCCGUCUUCACGACUUUCACGAUGGCCGUCUUUUCCCAAUUUUAUCUGCGUCGCUACCGUCCUCGCUGGUUCCGCAAGUACAACUUCCUCCUUAGUGCGGCGCUCGAUGGUGGAACUCAGGUCAUGGUGUUUGUCUACACCUUCGCCGUAGGCGGUGGUUCUGGUACCGUUCGUGACUUUCCUAACUGGGCUUUGAACCCAGUUGGCAAUCCUGAUUAUUGCAUGAGGUUGACUUGAUGUAUACUUAAUGAUAUAUGAAUUCUUAUGAGAACAAGUGUAUAAUGCCAUUCUGCUAUUACUGUACCAUUUCGAUCAGUUCGGCACUAGGUGUGACCUGUGACACCUUCAUUCGAAAUGUUGGUUUCAGCCGGAGGGCCAGUGACCUGUGACCAGUAGUAUAUUUUUUGGCACCGAAAUUUUGACAAACCCUACUACAGAAUUCUUGUUCACUACUAGUGGUCAUUGAGCCUCCACUCACAUAAAAAACCUGCCUCACAAUGAAUGAAAACAAAUUGAAUGCAUUGUCUGUACCUCCAGACAUCAACCGUU